ACUUUGGCGGAGAUGGUUUUGUAUUGUCAGAGGAACAGAAUGCAUAAACAAAAAUUCUAAUUAUUAAUUCAUCUCCUCUACACAGUUGUUCAGUGUGUUAAAAUGCAUCUGUCCGGUGCCACGCGGAUCCGGGUGUUGAUUAUAAUUGUGUGUAUUGUAAUAUUUUGGCUUCUGUUCAAGCAAUUUCUGGAGAAUCGAGCCCUCGAAGUGGACGAGAUUGUGAUAAAGCCCUCGGGAGCUCCUGUGGUCGUGGGCGUGUACUACGAAGCUCUCUGUCCAGAUUCUAAGCACUUCGUGGUGAAGCAAUUGAAGACAACGCAUGAUGCGGCUCCUCAGCUUAUAGAUAUUGACUUUAUUCCCUACGGGAAGGCUACCACGGAAGUUCGGCCGGACGGAUCCCUCGAGUUCAACUGCCAGCAUGGCCAGGUCGAGUGUGAGGCCAACAUCAUCCAUGCAUGCGUGGUGGACGUGAUUUCAGAUUCAGAUCUGCGUCUCAAAAUGGUGACGUGUAUGAUAAGGGAUAAUAUCGAGCCCAAGAACGCCUUCCACAGAUGCGCUAAGGAAAACAGCAUCGAUUCUGCUGAUAAGAUACAAAAGUGCUACAGUGGGCCUCAUGGGGCAGAGCUGCUGAAGACGCACGGCGAGAAGACGCACGCUCUUCGGCCCAGGAUGGACUUUGUGCCCACAGUGACGCUGGACGGUGGACAGUACAAGCAGGCGCUCAUCCUGAAGAAUCUUCUCAAGGAAGUGUGCAAGAUUGUCGCCGGACGAGGUCCUGUACCCGAUGUCUGUGCAGGUGAGAGUCUGACUGACUAAUAGAACAAUGUUUUUAGGAAAAAAAACGAGCUCGAUCAUGGACAGUGACGCAAAUUGGGGAUAUUUAUAUCAGCACUCAUUUGGAUUUUUACUCCACCUCAUCAUCCCAUGUGAACAAAAAUAAAUUACGUGUGUCAUUCCAUAGGGGAGAGAGAAUAAAGAAAUAUUGUGCAGAAACGUGAAAA